ACAAAUGACAUCAUCAUUUGACAUGUAAUGGUUGACAAUUUAUUUAUCAUGUUUACCUAGGUGUUUCUAAUCCAGAACCACCAAACCCACAAUCAGUGUAUAUGGUAGAAACACAACUUUGUUAACACUAAAAAACCGCCCUCUUGGUUGGUUUAUGAUGCAGUUCAUGCUAUUAUUUAGCCGACAAGGCAAACUCCGUCUACAAAAAUGGUACGUGGCACACCCCGACAAGCUAAAGAAAAAAAUAACCCGGGAACUGAUCACCACGAUAUUAGCCCGAAAACCAAAAAUGUGCAGCUUCUUGGAGUGGAGAGACUUGAAAAUCGUUUAUAAGCGAUACGCCAGUUUGUACUUUUGUUGCGCUAUCGAGCAAGAAGACAACGAGCUGCUCACGCUGGAAGUAAUUCACAGAUACGUGGAGUUGCUCGAUAAGUAUUUCGGAAGCGUGUGCGAAUUGGACAUAAUUUUUAACUUCGAGAAGGCGUAUUUUAUCCUGGACGAACUACUUCUAGGAGGGGAAAUUCAGGAGACCAGCAAAAAGACAAUACUCAAAGCAAUAGCGGCCCAGGAUCUCUUACAAGAGGAUGAAGCGGUGGAAGGUGCUUUAAGGGACAUUGGUUUGCUGUAGCCUCGUACACGAAGACACAACUACACAUUUUCCGAAGAAAUUUUCUCCUUGUCUCAAAAAAUCUAUUUUUUUAAUACCGACGAGCAAUAAGUCUUUCGAACAGUCGAUUUUGUUUUCAGAACGUGAUUUGCUUGCCCAGUGCUUAAGAUAAGUAGUUAUUCACACUUUUUUGUUGUAUAAUGUUAAACUACGUCAUUGUGUACUCAGCGUAUACACAACACUUCAUUAAUGAAACUUCCAUUUUAUAUUCGCACCAAUAUACCUACAGCGCACGAUGUGAUUGUCCAUUUGUGUCUCCAGAACUAAUUAACUUGCCAUGUACUAAUAUUUUUGGUAGUUAUUAUUUACUAUUAACACUUCUGAUGGGUACUUGUAGUUGUAAUACAGUAUUUAAUAUACGAAGAUAAGUAGA